AUAAUACUGUGUGUUCUCUGCUCCGAGAGACACUGUAACCAGACAGACUGACACAAUGGGCUGUGAGAGACGGCUGUUCCUGACUGCUGCUCUGCUGGCUGGCUUUUUAUGCAGUGAUGCUAUCACCGGUGGACGAGAGGCGGAGGCCCACUCCCGUCCGUACAUGGCCUCGCUGCAGGUCGCCGACGGCGACAGGAUGAAACACGAGUGCGGAGGGUUUCUGGUAGCCGACCAGUGGGUGAUGAGCGCCGCACAUUGCUUUCUCUCUGGGUCCGAAGGGAGGAAGGUGGUCCUAGGAGCUCACUCUCUGAGCGAACCGGAGGAUUCUAAACAAACUUUUGACAUUGUUCAAGUGUUCAGUCACCCUGAUUUCAGCAUCUCUAACUAUGAUAAUGACAUUGCUUUGAUCAAGCUGGACCGACCAAUCAUGGCCAGUGACGCAGUAAAGUCCCUGAAGCUCCAGAGUGACGACGGGGCUGACCCCGCCACGGAACAGGAGGUCAACACGGCGGGGUGGGGGUCACUGAACAACCUGGGGUCACGUCCAGACAAGCUACAGGAACUGGUCAUCGAUGUGAUGAACCGUGUUCGAUGUGGCCGCAGCGACUACUAUGGCAAGAAGUUCACCAAUAACAUGCUGUGUGCGGCCAGCAGACAGAGAGACACCUGUGAUGGUGAUUCUGGAGGUCCUCUCCUGUAUAAAGGUGUGGCAGUUGGGAUCACUUCAAACGGAGGGAAGAAGUGUGGAUCCAGCAAGAAGCCUGGUUUAUACACCACCAUCUCCCACUACAGUCAGUGGAUAGACAAGACCAUGACUCAAUAGAAGCCUGGUUUAUACACCACCAUCUCCCACUACAGCCAGUGGAUAGACAAGACCAUGACUCAAUAGAAGCCUGGUUUAUACACCACCAUCUCCCACUACAGCCAGUGGAUAGACAAGACCAUGACUCAAUAGAAGCCUGGUUUAUACACCACCAUCUCCCACUACAGCCAGUGGAUAGACAAGACCAUGACUCAAUAGAAGCCUGGUUUAUACACCACCAUCUCCCACUACAGCCAGUGGAUAGACAAGACCAUGACUCAAUAGAAGCCUGGUUUAUACACCACCAUCUCCCACUGCAGCCAGUGGAUAGACGGGUCCAUGACUCAAUAGAAGCCUGGUUUAUACACCACCAUCUCCCACUACAGCCAGUGGAUAGACAGCACCAUGACUCAAUAGAAGCCUGGUUUAUACACCACCAUCUCCCACUACAGCCAGUGGAUAGACAGCACCAUGACUCAAUAGAAGCCUGGUUUAUACACCACCAUCUCCCACUACAGCCGGUGGAUAGACAGCACCAUGACUCAAUAGAAGCCUGGUUUAUACAACACCAUCUCCCACUACAGCCAGUGGAUAGACGGGUCCAUGACUCAAUAGAAGCCUGGUUUAUACACCACCAUCUCCCACUACAGCCAGUGGAUAGACAAGACCAUGACUCAAUAGAAGCCUGGUUUAUACACCACCAUCUCCCACUACAGCCAGUGGAUAGACGGGUCCAUGACUCAAUAUAAGCCUGGUUUAUACAACACCAUCUCCCACUACAGCCAGUGGAUAGACAGCACCAUGACUCAAUAGAAGCCUGGUUUAUACACCACCAUCUCCCACUACAGCCAGUGGAUAGACAGCACCAUGACUCAAUAGAAGCCUGGUUUAUACAACACCAUCUGGUGUAUAAACCAGGCAGGACCAAUAGAAGAAUGUUGUGUACCAAAUGGCAUUGUAUUCCAUAUGUAGUGCACUAAUUUUGACAAUGUCGUAUAAGGACCAUGGCUUAGUAACAUAGUUAAACAACAUUCAUUAUAUUAUACCACUUUAUGAAACAUAUAAUCAUUCCUCAUGUAAAAAUCACCACAAUAAACCAAACACAUGAAUCAAUGAA